AUGGCUCUAUUCCGUUUGAUCCUGGUGUUCGGCUUACUGGGCUGCGUCCUUGCCAGGGCGCAAUACGAACUGGUAAGGACGCCCCGUCACGAUUUGACGCCUGCGGCCAGUCAUCAUCAUCAUCAUCACAAAGAUCAUCACGGCGAGGAACACGGCGGCAAAGAGCAUCACCAUCAUCACCACGAGGAGCACGGCGAGAAAGGCGAUAAAGGACACCAUCACCAUCAUCAUCACGACAAAGGCGAGCACGGUGAACACGAUAAAGAACACCACGAGGGCCACCACGAGGAGCACGAAGGGCACCACAAGCAUCAUCAUGAUGAGGAGGGCGAGCAUGGCGAACACCACGAGGAAGAGAAGGGUCACAAAGGUGGCAAAUUUGGCGAGAAGAAAGGUCACAAAAAGGGACAUAAGACCAGUGGUUACCAUCACAAGAUUCACAAAGACGAGUACCACAAAGAGCACAAAUUCUACGAUGACUAUCACAAAGGUGGUCAUCACGAGAAACACGGUCAUCACCACGGUCACCACGGUCACAAAGAGGGUCACCACAAGAAGGGUGGUCACCAUCACAAGGGCCACCAUGAUGAACAUAAAGGUAAGAAGGGACAUGCGUCCAAGGGUCAUCACGAUGAAGAUCACAAAGGUCAUCACGGUAAACAUGGGCACGAGGAACAUCAUCAUCAUCAUGAGAAGCAUGAGAAAAAGGGUGGCCAUCACCAUGGCAAGAAGCAUCAUUACAAGAAGGGUUGA